UUUACACGAUGCGCCUUAUACCCUACUCCGACAACGACCUUCUUCUUUUCCAGUCGCAAACAUCUCCUGGUUGAGACUUUACUUUGCGACGCUUAAAAGACUAUAUAACACGCCCGUUUUGUCCUGAAUUGGCUGCGAUGCCCCUCGAUAACAUCCGCAACAUCCUCCUCGUGCUCUCCGGCAAGGGCGGGGUAGGCAAGUCGAGCAUCACCACACAACUCGCGCUUACGCUGUCGCUACAAGGCCAUUCAGUUGGCGUCUUGGAUAUCGAUCUUACGGGCCCAAGCAUACCGCGGUUCUUUGGAAUUGAGGAUUCAAAAGUAAGGCAGGCACCAGGCGGUUGGAUACCAGUCGAUGUCCAUGGAGCGCAGCCGUUGCCAGGGAAGAAACUAAAGGAUGAGGAGGGAGAGAAUGCACAAGACCAAAAGACUGGACCGCUAUCAUGCAUGUCGCUAGGCUUCAUCCUGGCUUCCCGCUCUGACGCCGUCAUCUGGCGCGGCCCCAAAAAGACAGCAAUGGUCCGCCAGUUCCUCACCGAUGUCCUUUGGCCACCUCUCGACUACCUGCUUAUCGACACGCCACCUGGUACCUCUGAUGAGCACAUUUCCUUGCUCGAAACCCUCCUCAAGAACACGACUCCUUCACCCUCGCUCAACCCGAACCUACCCUUUCUUGCUGGCGCGGUAGUAGUAACAACACCGCAAGCUAUUAGCAUCAGCGACGUAAAGAAGGAACUCAAUUUCUGUAAAAAGACAGGUAUACGCGUUCUCGGUGUGGUGGAAAACAUGGCCGGCUUCGUGUGUCCCAAUUGCUCGGAGUGCACAAAUGUGUUCAGUAAAGGAGGCGGACAGGUUAUGGCCAAUGACUUUCAAGUUCCAUUUUUGGGCAGCGUGCCGAUAGACCCAGCGUUUGUGGAGUUGAUUGAGAGCGGCACCAGGCCUGUGUACCCACAAGGGACGGUUAUGCAGGGCAAGGAUGUGAAUACGGAGGAUGUUGCAAAGGCGAGAAAUAAGGAGGGGAGCUUGGUGGACAAGUAUCGGGAUUGCUCUCUUUAUCCGCUUUUUGAUGGUUUUGUGACGAGAUUGAAGGCAGAUGUGGCAGGGAUAGAGUGAAGGCGGAAAGGAAUAAAAUGAUGUACUC